CGGGCCGGCCGGGCGCUGCUCGCCAAGAUGGCGGACGAGGAGGGCGAGGGGCUGCCGCGCUCGGCGGCGGGGCCGCAGCGGAACGGCGGCGGCGAGGGGGCGCCGGGGGGGCCGGGGGGGCCGCGGGUGGUGCGCAUCGUCAAGUCCGAGUCCGGCUACGGCUUCAACGUGCGCGGCCAAGUGAGCGAGGGCGGCCAGCUGCGGAGCAUCAACGGCGAGCUGUACGCGCCGCUGCAGCACGUCAGCGCCGUGCUGGGCGGCGGGGCCGCCGACCGCGCCGGGGUCCGCAAGGGCGACCGCAUCCUGGAGGUGAACGGGGUGAACGUUGAAGGAGCGACCCACAAACAAGUGGUGGACCUGAUCCGCGCCGGGGAGAAGGAGCUGAUCCUGACGGUGCUGUCGGUGCCUCCCCACGAGGCCGAUAACCUCGACCCCAGCGAUGACUCUUUGGGGCAGUCCUUCUAUGACUACACGGAAAAGCAGGCUGUGCCCAUCUCCAUCCCCACCUACAAGCACGUGGAGCAGAACGGCGAGAAGUUUGUGGUGUACAACGUUUACAUGGCGGGCCGCCAGCUCUGCUCCAAGCGGUACCGCGAGUUUGCCAUCCUGCACCAGAACCUGAAACGGGAAUUCGCCAACUUCACCUUCCCGCGGCUCCCGGGGAAGUGGCCCUUCUCCCUGUCGGAGCAGCAGCUGGAUGCCCGGCGGCGAGGGCUGGAGGAGUACCUGGAGAAAGUGUGCUCGAUACGCGUCAUCGGCGAGAGCGACAUCAUGCAGGAGUUCCUGUCGGAGUCGGACGAGAAUUACAAUGGUGUCUCAGACGUGGAGCUCAGGGUAGCAUUACCAGAUAUAACAACAGUGACGGUCAGAGUCAAAAAGAACAGCACUACAGAUCAGGUGUACCAGGCUGUGGCUGCUAAAGUUGGAAUGGACAGUAUUACCGCAAACUACUUCGCCUUGUUCGAAGUGAUCAAUCACUCCUUUGUGCGCAAGCUGGCGCCCAACGAAUUCCCCCACAAACUCUACGUGCAGAACUACACCUCGGCAGUGCCAGGAACAUGCCUGACCAUCCGGAAAUGGCUCUUCACUACAGAGGAGGAGGUUCUUCUCAACGACAAUGACUUGGCGGUCACCUACUUCUUCCAUCAGGCUGUCGAUGAUGUCAAGAAAGGCUACAUCAAAGCAGAGGAGAAGUCCUACCAGUUACAGAAGCUGUGUGAGCAGAGAAAGAUGGUCAUGUACUUGAACAUGUUGCGGACGUGCGAGGGUUACAACGAGAUCAUCUUCCCCCACUGCUCCUGUGACUCCCGGCGGAAGGGACACGUCAUCACGGCCAUCAGCAUCAAGCACUUUAAACUCCACGCCUGCACCGAGGAGGGCCAGCUGGAGAACCAGGUCAUAGCGUUCGAAUGGGACGAAAUGCAGCGGUGGGACACGGACGAGGAGGGAAUGGCGUUUUGUUUUGAAUACGCACGCGGAGAGAAGAAACCCCGAUGGGUUAAAAUCUUCACCCCCUACGUAAGUGCCCCCGUUACUCACGGACCGGGAAGGAGAAGUCACAUCCUGCUUGUUUUUCCCUCUGGGAACCGGCAGGAGCACCCAGCUCCGGAGCGAGAGGCGGCGGGGAGGCAGGCGGCCGCCAGGAGGAGCCGGCAGCACGGGCAGGGCGAUGGGUGCUGCACCGCCGCCGCCUGA